AUGGUUGAUUCUGCUAAGUUUGUCAUUACUGCCAUCGCUCAUGGCGAAAGUUUGUUGCCAGAUUUCAUUGAUCGUUUCCAGAACUUCCUCUCAUCGCAUGAGGUGCUAACCGUUUCGAAGAAAGAGCUUUCACAGCGUGCUACAGACUAUUUUGUGAACUUUAACAGCGAAGCUGACGGCGUGGAUCAGUUGAAAGCUAUCUCUGCUGCGUUUCAGCAAGAUCAGGCAGUUACUGAUGUCGACAUCAUUGUUCAGAAGAACGAUGAGCACCGCAGAAACAAGAAACUAUUCAUAUUUGACAUGGAUUCUACUCUUAUCUACCAGGAAGUGAUUGAACUCAUUGCUGAGUAUGCCAACGUCGAAAAGGAGGUCCAGCAUAUCACUAACCUUGCCAUGGAAGGCAAGAUUGAUUUUGUCCAGUCAUUUUUAGAGCGUGUUAAGUUACUGAGGGGCACUAAGGCCGACAUCGUUGACGAAAUUAAGCUCAAGUUGCAGAUAACCGAGGGUGCACGUGAGUUUACAAAGGGUCUUAAAGUAAUGGGCUGUAAAGCCGCUGUCGUGAGCGGGGGUUUCAUUCAGUUCGCGAACUACCUAAAGGAACAGCUAAACCUGGACUGGGCUCAUGCAAACACCCUCUCUACGGAAAAGAACGCGGAAGGUGAAGCUGUCUUCAGUGGUGGCACCGAGGGAGAGAUGGUGGACGCUGACUUCAAGGCAGACAAGUUGCUGGAGCUAGCCGAGCUGCUGCAAAUCCCAGUAGAAGCCACAGUUAUGGUCGGUGACGGAGAAAACGACCUCCCAGCAAUGGCAGUCGCAGGUUUGUCGAUCGCGUGGCAUGGAAAGCCAAACGUGCGCCGUCGUGCCUCUUGCCAACUGAAUACCAAGUCGAUGGCGGACGCCUUCUACAUCCUGGGACUAACAGACGCCGAAAUAUCCCGCCUUAUAGAAUAG